AUGAACUCUAAUAAGGAUAAAAUUUAAAGAUUGAUUAACCCAUCUAAAUUAGAGUAUCUUGAAAAAGUUUAUUAAAUUUUUUAAGAAAAGCUAAAGGAAAUUGAUAAAAGUAAUUUUACUUAAGUUUAAAUUUGGCAAUAUUAUUAUUGUUAUACUUAAGAAUUUUAAAAUACAGAAUUUUAAUUAUCUUCAAUACUAAAAAGAUUAGAUAUUUAUAUUAAAAUAUAUCAAGAAGUUCAAUCUAAAUUAUAAAGUGAUUUAAUCUAUGAGAUAAGUUUAUUAAAAUAAUUUUAUGAAAGUUAAUUCAAAGAAAUUGUAGAAUAAUAGUUAUAAAUUGAAAGAAUUUAGAAUGAACUAAAAAGAGGGAUGGAAAUAGAUAUUUAAAGUGAAUUUAUUUAAAUUAUCUAAAAGAAACUCUAUGAAUUAGAAAAAGGAUAGAUAAGAAAAAUUACAGAAGAAUUUAUUAAUUAUAUAUGGUAGUACUAUUAAAAAAAGAUUCAAAAUGAAUGUUUUGAAUUAUUUUAAACAAAUAUAUUGAAGAUUAUAGAAAGAUAUGCUGAAAUUUGA